AUGCUACAGUACUGGCCGUACUUUGCUUACUUUAUUGCCAUCGCCACUGUCGCAAUCUCAGCGUUACUGUACAAGUACCAAUGUGCACUUUUAUACCCGGCAUUCUUCCCACCAGGCUCGAGAUCAUUGGUGGCACGACCUUCAAAGUAUGGGCUACCAGAUAAGGAAGAGAUUCUGACAACACGCGAUGGCUUGCAGUUAAGGUGUUAUGUACUUUUACAAGAAGGAGACGACGUGGCCAUUCAAUCACCAACACUCCUUUGGCUGCAUUCACAUACAGGCAACAUGGGACAUCGUUUGCCAAUUGCUCAGGUGCUCUAUUCAAGGUUAGGAUAUAACAUUGUCAUGUUAUCAUAUCGGGGGUAUGGGCUAAGUGAAGGCAAUGCAACAGAAAAAGGCCUUCAAAUUGAUGCACAAACAGCGCUCGAGUAUAUCCAACAUCAUCCAAUUUUGAAGCACACCAAGCUUGUUGCUUUUGGACAGUCGUUAGGCGGAGCAGUUGCCAUUAAUUUGGUUGCCAAGCAUGAAGAACAAUUCAAUGGGAUCAUUAUUGAAAACACAUUCCUCAGUAUUCCAUUGUUAAUACCCCACAUCUUCCCGCCCAUGCGGCAUCUGGUUUAUCUCUGUCAUCAAAAAUGGCGAUCUUACAACACCAUUCAAUUCAUCCGCCAUGUGCCUAUCCUGUUUCUAACAAGUAUGAAGGAUGAGCUGGUUCCACCCUUCCAUAUGACCAAACUAUACAAAGCAGCGGAAACUCGUGGUGCAAAAGUAUGGCGUAGCUUUGAAAAUGGCACGCAUAAUGAUGCUUGCAUGCAGCCCGGCUAUUUUGAAGCAAUUGGCGGGUUUAUUCGAGAUCAUGUCUGGGAUAUCUGA